CGUGUCAAGAGACUACUUGCCGUAUUUGUACUAAUGCGUGUCUUAAGUGACAGUUUCGUCUUAAUUUUAUCUCCACGCUAGCCCUCGAUAUCCGGGCUACAGGGCUAGCCAACAUCACUGCCACCACGAUUAUGUCACCGCGGAAAUGAGGCGCGUGAUUCUUAUUGGAUAUCUGCACUAACAUGGAACUUCACUUUGUCCCAUGAUGAACCGACGUAAUGAAGUGCGGAGGGCUUCCCCAAAUGGCAAUCCCUGUACGUUAAAAAUAUGCUUGGAAAUAGGAUUGGAACUAGGCAUCAUUUGGGUUUGUUACGGCAGAUGCCGAGCUAUCGUCACGACUUCUCAAUGAAGUCUUCUCAAUGGCCAAGUCAUGGGGCCCCUUUGCGAGCUCUCUCGCAUUUCCUAGAACCACAGUACCAUCAAUAUAAGUAGUCAGAUCUUGCUGACGAACCAGAAUGGCAAAUCAACAAUCACCAUGCUUCAACUCAAGCGACUACCAUGGUCAACAGCAGCCGUUGCUUUAAAAGCAGUCAUUGUUCUCUUUGGCAUCCUCCUUUGCUACCAAGCCUACACAUUCUACGGUGAAUGGAGCUGGCCGAAAUCUUUUACUUAUGGCACCACGCAAGAUCCUGUUUCUCUUGUUCACCCUCAUGGUGGAAACCAAUGUUUACCCUCGCUGAACUCCUCCCUUCUACUAGAAGCAAAGACGAUACGGAAUGCAUGCCGGCAUAUGUCUCCAUACCCAUCCUCAGACGUACGAAUCGGAAGAGUCACUGCACACUUUGGCUCGGUUCAGGAACACUACCAGAAGGCGCUGCGUACGCAUGUACUGCAUAGCAUGAUCCAUGACAACGACCUGGAGGUAAUGUGUACUCCAGUUGUUGAUUCGCUCUGGAACAAACCUGCCUUCAUCCUGUCCCUCCUCUUGGACGAGAUGGUGAAACCUGCCCAGGAACGGUUGGAAUGGCUAUUCUGGGUGGACCGCGACACCUUGAUUCUCGAUCAGUGUCGCCCUUUAUCGAGCUUUCUUUCGCCUCACGACGUUGAUGAGUCUGAUGAAACCGAAGACACAGACGACUCAGAGCCCGAGCGAAGCAACGAGACGAAGCACGAUGACAUACAUCUCUUAGUAACGAACGACUGGAACGGCCUUAACAAUGGCGUUUUCUUCGUCCGGGUUAACCAGUGGGCAAUCGAGCUGUUCAGCGACAUCGCUGCAUUUCGAUACUACAGACCCAACGUUUCGCUUCCAUUCACUGAGCAAAGCGCCAUGGAGAUCAUUAUGAAUGAACCAAAGUUCAAAUCAAACGUUCAAGUUAUUCCUCAAGAAUGGUUCAACACUUAUCCUAAAGGGUCGCCCACAGACUUCGUUGAGAAGGCGGACGAAGAUGGCUUGGAGGACUAUCAUGCGAGACGAGGCGACUUCCUACUACAUUUUGCAGGUCGUGGUGGAAGGGAUAAGUUGAUCAAUGAGUGGACCGAGAUGUUGGAGGGUACCAGAAGUAUAUGGUCGAAAGAGGAGGUUCAAAGGAAUGCGACGACAAGCAUUCGGGGGUUUUGGUCCGGGCUCUGAACCAUCGAGCUGAGAGGCGAUCUGGA